UGAACGCCACGUGACUUGAUAAAUUGACAAGUGCGUAAAAUGUCAAAAAAUAUCUUGUUAGAUGAAUGUUGCUGUUCGGUACCAUUAAAGACCGGGUGUAUAGUGACGGGAGUAAUUGAAUUUGUAUGUUUCGUAAUCGACGCAUUUACCUACGACAGAUUUAAUUACGAAUUCACGUCGAGUGAAGAAUGGGUUAUCGUUUUCAGAGUGAUCAUCGUGGGAGUGUGCUCCAGUUUAAUAACUUUCGGAUCAUCGAGGCUAUUUAGAAAAACUGCAGUGUUACUACAUAGUCUCCUACUAACACUAUUUCUACUCGUCAAUUUCUUUUUUGAAGUUCUAGUCUUCAAAUUUAGAUCUUUUCAUGACUUGGCCGACGGGAUUGUCUGGGUUUAUACAGGCUACUACGCUUUUCUAGUACAUUCAGUUUUUAUCGGAUACUUACACUAUUGGAAAGUAUCGCGUCCCGUGAGUGAGGAAACUGUAGCAGGGGUUUUAAGGGAUAGACAAAUGAGCACAAUUUUUGCAAAUCAGUAUUAUGGCAUUUAGUAAUAAUAGUUGAAUAUUACAAAUUGUUAUUCUGCUUAUUUUCUGGAUAAAGCACAGUAUAACCGGCCAUCAAUUAGGGGUACUUACCUACACUUAUGGAUUGCCAGUGAGCUGAAACUUACUUCAAAGUUCUACGCAAACUCUUAAAUAAAAAUGUAUAAAAUAA